AUGCACUUUUUUUGUUUGAUACGACUCUUCUCAGUCCAGGCUGAGUCAUCCUCCACAAGACUUCAAGAUGUUAGCCGUUCCGCUUCCGAGCUUAUCCAGGCACAAAUCGUCGCGCGCGCCCCACGAAACACGAUGCAGACGAUCGCGACGCUCCCCGCAUCGCUCGCGUCGAGAUCGACGCGCGCGUCGAGAUUCGCGCUCGGCGGCGCCGCCCCCCCCCGCGCGCGCCCCGCGCUCCGAUCGAACGGAUUAAAAUGUCGCGAUCGUGAUCGCUUUCGCGACAAACGCGCCAACGACGACGACGUCGUCGCGCGCGCGUACGACCACGACGCGUACAACGACCCGAAUCCGCGCGACGACGAGGGCGCGAUGCUCGGCGCGGCGCACCAGGCGCGCGGCAACGUGUUCACCCAACCCUUCGAUCUCAACUCGCCCGCGGCUCCGCCGCUCGACGCGUACGGUCGACGCAUCGAUAGCCCACUGCAGAUGCCCGCGGGGGAGGGCCCGGGCCACGGCCCCGAGGGCGGGUACAGCGUCGACGACACCGACAACUUCUACUCCGAGGCGGAGCAAGCGCAGAAGCAGUACCGAAACGAUCUGCAAGCGACGCGGCAGCGGUACAUCGACAAGGAGGCGGCGGCGGUGCAGACGCGCGACUACGGCACCGCGCAGACUUCGGCGCGAAUCUUACAGCGGCUCGUGCAGAUCGAGAACGAGCUGCUGACGCACGAGACGCACGAGGUCGAGGCUUCGUAUAACGCGGACUACCACGCCGCGGACGCGGCGAAGACGCUCAAAGAGCGCGUGCUCGAGGAGCUUUACGACAUUCAGUACGAUCGGUACGACCCGAAUCAGUACGUGGACGGCGGCGUCAACUCCGGCGCCGCCGCGGCGUCGCGAGCGGUCGCGGCCGCGUCCGCGGCGCUGCACGGCGGGACGUUCGCGACCGUCCCGGUGCGAUUCUCCGUGAACGUGAAGACGCUCUUCGGCGAGAGCGUGAGGGUGUGCGGCAGCCUCAGAGAGCUCGGGGAGUGGAACGCGUACGAGGCGCCGGAUAUGGUGUACAAAAAAACCGUCGGCGACCCCACGGAGGGCGUCGGGACCUGGGACGUGACGCUUCAGAUCCAGCAAGGGUCGGAAUUCAAGUUCAAGUUCGUCGUCGUCGGCGGUCUGGACGAGGAAGAGAGAAGUCGCGGGCAGCAGCCGAACAUGUACUGGCAGGAGGGCGACGACCGCAUGGUGCGUCUGCCGAAGGAUAACGUGUUCUCGCUCGACAUCGUCGUCGACUGGGAGGGGGACCCGGAGAAGGAGAAGAUGUGGCUGUGCAUGCCCGUGCCGACGAUCAAACCGGUGUGA